AUGCCCCGCAACACCCACCGUUCUACUGCCUCGCAAGCUCGUAAAAGGACUCCAACUACCCUGCGCCUUCGUCUGUCCAAACCGCCUGUUCCGGAUGUUCCGGAUAAUGACGAGAAUCCAACUGAUGAUGAGAAGGAGGAUAAGGAGGAGGAGGAGGAGGAGGAGACACAGUCAGAAGAUCCUCGAUUUCUGCGAACACCUACCCCUGAGCCUGAGAUCUCAUUCAGGCUUGAGAUAAUCAAUGUGAUGGUGAUGAAAUAUAUGAUGGAAAGGAAUGGGAGGCAUGGGAGGACUGAAUUCAAACUUGUCAUCGAAUUCAAACUUGCCAUCAAAUUCAAACUUGCCAUCGAAUCCGAACCUGCCAUCGAAUCCGAACCUGCCAUCGAAUCCGAACCUGCCAUCGAAUCCGAACCUGCCUCCUAUUCGAAGUAG